GGACUGCAAAUGCCGUGGCCGGAGCUGUGAAAUACAGUGAGAGCGCGGGAGGCUUCUACUACGUGGAAAGUGGCAAGUUGUUCUCUGUCACGAGAAACAGAUUCAUUCAUUGGAAGACCUCUGGAGAUACAUUGGAGCUGGUGGAAGAAUCACUGGACCUAAAUCUGUUGAAUAAUGCUGUUCGACUAAAAUUCCAGAAUUGCAGCGUCUUACCUGGAGGGGUUUAUGUCUCUGAGACUCAGAAUCAUGUGAUACUCUUGAUAUUAACCAAUCAAACAGUGCACAGGGUACUUUUACCACACCCUUCCCGGAUGUAUAGGAGUGAGUUGGUAAUUGAAAGUCAGAUGCAGUCAGUAUUCACUGACAUUGGAAAAGUUGAUUUCCGGGAUCCUUGCAACUAUCAGUUGAUUCCAGCAGUACCUGGACUGACUCCUAAUUCUACCGCCUCGGCAGCCUGGCUCAGCAGUGAUGGGGAGGCUCUGUUUGCUCUGCCAUCUGCUUCCGGGGGGAUCUUUGUUCUUAAACUACCUCCUUAUGACAUACCUGGGAUGAUGUCAGUUGUGGAACUGAAGCAGAGUUCGGUAAUGCAGCGAUUGCUUAUAGGCUGGAUGCCAACAGCUAUCAGGGGUGAUCAAGGGCCUUCAGAUCGUCCACUCAGCCUUGCUGUUCAUUGUGUCGAGCACGACGCCUUUAUCUUUGCUCUUUGUCAGGAUCAUAAACUACGAAUGUGGUCUUUUAAGGACCAGAUGUGCCUGAUGGUAGCCGACAUACUGGAGUAUGUCCCUGUGAAUAAAGACCUUCGACUCACUGCUGGGACUGGACACAAGUUACGACUUGCUUAUUCCCCUUCCAUGGGACUCUACCUAGGGGUAUACAUGCAUGCACCAAAACGCGGACAGUUCUGCAUUUUCCAGUUGGUGAGCACUGAGAGUAACCGCUACAGUCUAGAUCAUAUUUCCUCACUGUUCACUUCUCAGGAGACACUGAUUGACUUUGCCUUAACCUCCACGGAUAUCUGGGCCUUGUGGCAUGAUGCUGAGAACCAAACAGUUGUGAAAUACAUCAACUUCGAACAUAAUGUUGCAGGUCAGUGGAAUCCAGUUUUUAUGCAGCCUUUGCCAGACGAAGAAAUCGUCAUCAGAGAUGAUCAAGACCCCAGAGAGGUAUAUUUGCAGAAUCUUUUUACACCAGGACGAUUUACAAAUGCAGCUUUAUGUAAAGCUUUACAGAUUUUCUGCCGAGGAACUGAGAGGAAUUUGGAUCUUUCCUGGAGUGAAUUAAAGAAAGAAGUUACAUUAGCUGUUGAGAGUGAGCUCCAGGGAAGUGUAACAGAGUAUGAAUUCUCCCAGGAGGAGUUUCGUAAUUUACAACAGGAAUUCUGGUGCAAGUUCUAUGCAUGUUGUCUUCAGUAUCAGGAAGCCCUCUCUCAUCCUCUUGCCCUGCAUUUGAAUCCACACACGAACAUGAUGUGCCUGCUAAAAAAAGGAUACCUGUCUUUCCUUGUGCCCUCCUCCUUAGUGGAUCAUUUGUAUCUCCUGCCUGAUGAGAAUCUUUUGACAGAGGAUGAGACAACCAUAUCUGAUGAUGUGGAUGUUGCUCGGGAUGUCAUAUGUCUUAUAAAAUGCCUCCGGCUGAUUGGAGAGUCAGUAACUACAGAUAUGUCAGUUAUGAUGGAAAUGAGUUGUUUCAACGUCCAGUCUCCAGAGAAAGCUGCAGAACAGAUACUGGAAGAUUUGAUCACUAUUGAUGUAGAAAAUGUGAUGGAGGAUAUUUAUAGUAAAUUACAGGAGAUCAGGAACCCAAUCCAUGCCAUUGGACUUCUUAUACGAGAAAUGGAUUAUGAAACAGAAGUAGAGUUGGAAAAAGGAUUCAAUCCAGCUCAGCCUUUGAAUAUUCGAAUGAAUCUUUCCCAGCUCUAUGGCGGUAGCACUGCUGGGUAUAUUGUAUGCAGAGGUGUGUGUAAAAUCGCCAGUACUCGGUUCCUGAUCUGCCGAGACCUCUUGAUCUUACAGCAGCUAUUAAUGAGGCUGGGAGAUGCAGUGAUUUUUGGAGCUGGUCAGCUCUUCCAAGCUCAGCAAGACCUACUACAUCGAACUGCACCACUGCUCUUAUCUUACUACCUUAUUAAGUGGGGAAGUCAGUGCUUAGCAACGGAUGUUCCUGUUGACACACUGGAGUCUAAUCUCCAGCACUUAUCCGUAUUGGAACUAACUGACUCUGGUGCUUUAAUGGCAAAUAAGUUUGUAUCUAGCCCUCAGACAAUUGUGGAAUUAUUCUUCCAAGAAGUUGCAAGAAAACACAUUAUAUCUCAUCUCUUCUCUCAACCAAAGGCACCUUUGAGCCAAACUGGAUUGAAUUGGCCUGAAAUGAUUUCUGCAAUUACCAAUUAUUUAUUGCAGCUUUUAUGGCCUAGCAAUCCUGGUUGUCUCUUUCUAGAAUGUUUGAUGGGAAAUUGUCAGUAUGUACAAUUGCAGAAUUAUAUUCAACUGCUAAAUCCCUGGUGUCAAGUCAACGUCGGUUCCUGUCGAUUUAUGCUGGGACGGUGUUACCUAGUUACAGGAGAAGGACAGAAGGCUCUGCAGUGUUUCUGUCAGGCAGCAUCUGAAGUGGGCAAAGAGGAAUUCUUGGACCGCUUGAUCCGCUCAGAAGAUGGGGAGAUUGUGUCCACCCCCAGGCUGCAAUAUUACGAUAAGGUUUUACGCCUACUGGAUGUCAUUGGUUUGCCUGAAUUGGUUAUUCAGUUGGCUACAUCAGCAAUAACUGAAGCAGGUGAUGACUGGAAAACUCAAGCUACUUUAAGGACAUGCAUAUUCAAACAUCAUCUGGAUUUGGGUCACAACAGCCAAGCAUAUGAGGCCUUAACCCAAAUUCCUGAUUCCAGCAGGCAGCUGGAUUGUUUACGGCAGUUGGUUGUAGUCCUUUGUGAACGCUCACAGCUGCAAGAUCUUGUAGAAUUUCCCUAUGUGAAUCUGCAUAAUGAGGUUGUGGGAAUAAUUGAGUCACGUGCCAGAGCUGUGGACCUGAUGACUCACAAUUACUACGAACUUCUCUAUGCAUUUCACAUCUAUCGUCACAAUUACCGCAAGGCUGGCACAGUGAUGUUUGAGUACGGAAUGCGUCUUGGCAGAGAGGUUCGAACUCUCCGGGGACUUGAGAAGCAAGGCAAUUGCUAUCUGGCUGCUCUCAACUGUUUACGACUUAUUCGACCAGAAUACGCGUGGAUUGUGCAGCCAGCCCCUGGUGCAGUGUAUGAUCGUCCUGGAGCGUCCCCUAAGAGAAAUCAUGAUGGAGAAUGCACGGCUGCCCCAACAAAUCGGCAGAUUGAAAUCCUGGAACUGGAAGAUCUGGAGAAAGAGUGUUCCUUGGCUCGCAUUCGCCUCACUUUGGCUCAGCAUGAUCCUUCAGCAGUUGCAAUUGCAGGAAGUUCAUCAGCAGAGGAGAUGGUCACUCUCUUGGUCCAGGCUGGCCUUUUUGACACUGCCAUAUCACUGUGUCAGACCUUCAAGCUUCCCUUAACACCUGUCUUUGAGGGACUUGCUUUCAAAUGCAUCAAAUUGCAGUUUGGAGGUGAAGCAGCGCAAGCAGAAGCCUGGGCCUGGCUAGCAGCCAAUCAGCUUUCAUCUGUCAUCACUACCAAGGAGUCCAGUGCUACAGAUGAAGCAUGGCGACUAUUAUCAACUUUCCUGGAAAGGUACAAAGUCCAGAAUAACUUGUAUCAUCACUGUGUAAUAAACAAGCUCUUAUCUCAUGGAGUGCCUCUGCCUAAUUGGCUUAUAAACAGUUACAAGAAGGUCGAUGCUGCUGAAUUGCUUCGUCUAUAUUUAAACUAUGACCUUUUAGAAGAAGCUGUGGAUUUGGUCUCAGAAUAUGUGGAUGCCGUAUUGGGAAAAGGACAUCAGUACUUCGGAAUUGAGUUUCCACUGUCUGCAACAUCCCCAAUGGUCUGGCUCCCGUAUUCCUCUAUUGAUCAGCUCCUCCAAGCUCUGGGAGAGAACAGUGCCAACAGUCACAACAUCGCACUGUCCCAGAAAAUACUUGACAAAUUGGAAGACUACCAGCAAAAAGUUGAUAAGGCAACACGGGAUUUCUUGUACCGUCGGACCUUGUGAUCCUGAUUGUUACCUAGCCUUUGUAACCGCUUCGUGCCUCUUAGGGCUGAGGAGUGCUCCACAGGAAGCUGGACCCGCGGGUGGUUUUCGUACUGCAGCUGGCUUGUAGUCUUCAGGUCUGCAUUCCGCACGAGACCGAUGGCGGCAGGCGGAGGGCCCUGUGCUUGCUGGUGGUGCUAACACAACUUCUGGUUUUCAGCCUUGGUCUCAGAAAGCUGCUUUUGUAUAUGACUCACAAACCUUUUUAGAGUUUAUAUUUUUUUAAACUGCUGAAGACAUUCUUUAUCUGCAAAUUAAAAUCCACUUUCACUUUCCAGAAUAGCUGAUGGUUGUUGGGAAUAACUGACCACCGAAAGCCGUCACUACAAAUCUUUUCAUUCUUUUCUGAUACUUUUGUAUUCCAGUGGAAUUAUUUUGGCCCAGAAUUGACAUGUAUUUUGUGUAAUUGCAAACAGAGACUGAUGAUUUUUGCGGACUCUUUUCAUUAUUUAUUGUGGAGUUUUUGUAUGAUCUUCAAUAAAGUGUUAAAUAAUUUGCCCAGAAUAAGCUUAAAACGAUGACCAACUGUUUAAAGAAGAUAUCUUAUUUUGAAUCUGGUUCUGAGACUAAAGUCGAGUAAACUCUUGGCUACAAAAAAAUUGGAAAUCUUUCUAUUGAUAAAAGCACCAGAUUUAUAAAGUGAAUUCUGUAAACUUCUAUGAUUUAUAAUAAUCAAGCCGGACUUGAUCAUACAUUUAGUCAAAUAAUGUAUUGGACCAAAACAUAACCUUCACUGAUCAGAUUCAGAAGCUUUCAUACCCCUAAAUUACUGGGAAAGUGAAAAAUAAUAUCACCUUGGAUUUUAUUCUGUAUAUUAAAAUUUAUCUUCUAAGGAAA